GUUUGGAUUAAAGGAUACAGUUGUUGAAGGAGGAUUUUCAUUUGAGAGGAUACAUGGUGUAAAUUUAUUUGAAUAUCAAAAGACGGAUCCCGAAUUAAGUGAUGUUUUCAACAAGGCAAUGAUUAGUCAUACAACUUUGGUGAUGAAAAAUAUACUUGACAUCUACAAGGGUUUUGAAAACAUCAAGACUUUGAUUGACGUGGGAGGUGGUCUUGGAAUAAACCUCAACAUGAUUACAUCUAAAUACCCAACUAUUAAGGGUACUAAUUUUGAUUUACCUCAUGUUGUUCAACAUGCCCCAUUCUAUGAAGGGGUGGAACACAUUGGAGGAGAUAUGUUUGAAAAUGUUCCACAAGGAGAUGCUAUUUUUAUGAAGUGGAUUCUUCAUGACUGGAGUGAUAGUCAGUGCGUGAAGUUACUGAAGAACUGCUAUAAAGCUACACCGGCAGAAAAUGGGAAAGUGAUAGUUGUUGAGGCCAUUCUACCAGUGAAACCUGAUCAUAUCCAUAGCUCUGUGGCUAUUUCGCAAUUUGAUUUGAUGAUGUUAGCUCAAACUUCAGGAGGCAAAGAGCGUUCGCAACACGAAUUUCAAUCCCUCGCAACUGAAGCUGGAUUUAAUGGCAUUAACUUUAUAUGUUGUGUUUCUAAUUUUUGGAUCAUGGAAUUUCACAAGUAG